AUGGGAUCGAAGAACCGAAAGAAGAUUCUCGGUGUUGCCUCUGAGCAUCUGACUAUAGCCCUGCUGACCGGAGAUCUGGCAUCCCUGCAGCCUCCUUAUGACGAGCUGCUACCUGCCAACGGCUUCCCCAGGCCAAGGCCCGGCAUCUGCCUGCACCAGGCCCCUCCGGGCCCAGACUCCACCUUUCAGUGGACCCUCCAGGCCCAGCUCAUGGCAUCACCGUGGCCUCUGCUCAGACUCAGCUCCUGCCUCUGUGACAGCCUGUAUCCACAGGCCCCGCCCCCAGCCUCCCCAUGGCCCCAUCAGGUCAAGCCGGUGCAUCCUGGUGGUCCUCCUGGGGCCAGCAUUGGCCUGCUGACUUCCUCUCUGGGCCCAGGACGUCUUCAGGUAGGCCUCUCAGGGCCCAGCUCCACCUCUCGGUGGCUAUGGGCCCAACUUCCAAAUUUGCCUCGCAACAACCUCUGUGGACUCGACUCCUGUCCAGCUCCCGACAGCCUUCCUCUGGAGUCCCCGCAGCCUCCCCAGCCCCAGCUGCUGCCUGCUGACUGCUUCCGCAGGCCAAGGUCUUGGCUACCUGCAUCCUGGCUGCAUCCACAGGCCCAGCGCCUCCCUCACACUGGCCAGUUGAGGCUCAAUUUGGCCCGAAGCUUCUCAAGUGGGGUUUCUGCCUCCGUUCUGCCUACCAGUGGCCUUGACAGGCCCUGCUACCAUCUGACAUUGGCCCCUCUGGACCCAGCUCUGGAUUCUCUGCAGCCUCCCCAGCACCAGCUACUGCUUGCUGAUGGCUUCCCCACACCAAGAUCCUGCCUGCCUGCCUGCAUUCUGCCUGCAUCCACAGGCCCAGCAUCCCCCUCACAGUGGCUCAUUGGAGCCCAGCGCUUUCCUCAAAGUGGCUCAUUGGAGCCCAGCGUCCCCCUCACAGUGGCUCAUUGGAGCCCAGUGCUUUCCUUACAGUGGCUCAUUGGAGCCCAGUGCUUCCCUCACAGUGGCCCAUUGGGGCCCAGCUCAUGCCUGUGGCAAACCUCCGGACCCAGCUCUCACCUCACUCUUGCCUUGAGUCUAGGCUCAGGCGCUCCCUCGCAGGGUAUUCCUGAGCCCAGCUCGCCUAUCACAGACUCUCCCGGGCCAGCUCCUGCCUCCCGGCGGCCUGUCCAGGCCCAAAGCUUCCUCUCCAGGCCUGGCCUCCCCAGGCCCAGCUUCUGCCUGUGCCAGGCCCAUACAGGACCCAGCCUCCACCUUUCAGUGGACCCUCCAGGCCCAGCUUGUGGAAUCACCGUGGCCUCUGCUCAGGCCCAGCUCCUGCUGCUGUGGCAGCCUGUAUCCACAGACCCCGCCCCCAGUCUCUCCGUGGUCCCAUGGGGCCAAGCUGAUGCCUCCCGGUGGCCCUCCUGGGCCCAGCAUUGGCCUGCUGACAUCCUCUCGGCCCAGAACGUCUUCAGCUGCGGUAUGAAGCUGAACUUGGACUACCUGCUGGAGAUGCUUUGGGAGUACUUGGCCCUGACCUGCAUCUACACCAGGAAGAGAGGACGCAGAAUCAUGAGGCGGCAGUGUGGGUCCUCGUGUGUGGUUGAUGCUCUCCCCAUCUCGCCCUGCCGAGAGGCCGGACUUCACAGACGCCAUCAUCCUCCGGAAAGGGGCCUCAGUGGAGCACGUGUGAUCCUGCAUCCACCGGUCACUCGCCAGCCAGUUCAAGUAUGCCCUGGUGUGGUGACUUCAAUAGACUCUGCUCCAGCUGCUGUCAAAUCAGAAUCUCAUUCCUCGCCAAAAAAGGAUUCUCUUUCUUCAGAUGUCACUAGCAAACUAUUACAAAUACGCAGUCCUUCAGCUGAAAAUAAGAGACCUAAAUGGGUCCCACCAGCGGCAUCUGGAGGUAGCAGAAAUAGCAGCAGCCCACUGGCAGUAGUGUCUGUGAAGUCUCCGAAUCAGAGUCUCCGUCUUGGCUUGUCCAGAUUAGCACGAGUUAAACCUUUGCAUCCGAAUGCCACUAGCAGCUGAGUGUGGUACCAGAGGAAUGUUUGGUUGAGAGAAUUGCAGCUUUACAAGGGUGUUUAUAUUUAAUUUGUGUUUAUAUUUGGGGCAGGUAUUGUCAUAUAAAGGAAUCCAUUACCAUGUCCUAUAAAUGAUCUCUAGCUAUUUUAAGUUUAUGUUCUCUGUAAAGCUCUUCAAGCCUUCAGUGAGUUUUGUUUAUAAGAACUGUCUUCUCAUGCCUUUCCUUGUGAAAAGCAUAUUCUAUUUUUCUAUCAGUUCUACAUGAAGGAAGUCCACAUCACAUGCUGUUCUUUUCUAGUUACAUGAUGUGCCUUUCUGGCUUUAGCUAGUUUAUAGCACCUUAACUGUUCAGUUUUAUGUGGCAGAGGAAACAUUCUUAUUUUUCAGAAGACAUUUCUGAAAUCUUAUAUGCUACUGAAGCUACCUUGUCAAUUUUAUUGCAAAGGUUUUUUGUAUUUUAGCCAAAUCUUUUUAUAGUAUGAAUUUGGAAAUAUUUUACACACUAAAAUGGUUGUGGUUUUAUGGAUGCAUCUCCUAUGUAGAUCGUUAUUCUAUAGCAAAUAGAAUUUAAAGGCAUUUUAUUAAAUCUUCAUUGUCAAAACCUUUAAUAAAAGUGGAAAUAUUUUGAAAUGCUCUUUUUCUUGAUGCCACUACAUUCACCUGUUCCUGAUUGUCCACAUUUCAUGAUAAAAUGAGAGCUCUGCAGAGAAUGUUACCCUUUUUGUUGUAAAUAUAAACAAGGGAAAGCUGUUUCUUCAAGUAGUAACUUUUUGUUAAGUUCUUUAGAAAGCAGUUGUCAAGCACUUAGUCAUCCCUAUUGUGAUAUUAGAUAAUACAGCUUUUCAGGAAGCUUAGAUUUGAAUUUAUGUUAAAAAACAAUUUAUGUUGAAAAACAAUUAAUAUUUCAUAUUCAUGGUGAAAAUUUCAACUAGCUUCUGAUCAAUUUUUAAUAAAAAAUUUCAAAUCGUGUUAACUUAAAAAAUAUAUAAUACUUAACUCAGUUUUUCUUGGUUUAUUGAAAUGUCCAUGUUAAUGUGAAAACAAUUAAUUUAGAAUUGUGAUUAAAGUGAGCAUUUGUCUACCGCUAUUGUAUACU